AGGUGCCACCAGGGACGGGGACAAGCUCGGCGACAAUCCUGCCCGGAGGUGCCACCUGUGCCAGGCCCGGCCAUGUCGCGCGCGUCCAGAGCUGCCCUCAGAGGGACAUCCCGGGGACACCCCCCGGGGGUGGCGGCGGGCGGCGGGGACACGGCCGAGGGUGUCAUCGACCCCGACAUGGUGGCCUUGUUCGAGGACUUCCUGGGGAAAGAGCUGACGGUGGCCUCCGGGGGGUCGCGGCCGGUGGCCCAGCCGUACCAUUACGUGCUGAGGGACACGGAGCAGCAGGGGCUGUGCCUGCGCCACGGCCACCUGGUGGCCACCAGCCUGCAGGGGGCCAACGCCGCCCUGGAAGAGCCCAUCAGCGUUGUCCCCAACCGGCACCUGGAGCGCCGGCGCUGUCCCCUCAUCGUUGGCAUCCGCGGUGGCACCCGGGCACUGUCCUGUGGCACCGGCCCCGAGCCCCGGCUGAGCCUGGAGGACGUGGGGCUGCUGGAGCUGUUCUCCGGUGACAAGGACAGGGCCACGCCCUUCACCUUCUACAAGACCUUCGGGGGCUCCACGCACACCUUCGAGGCCGCCGCCUUCCCUGGGCUCUUCCUCAGCACGGCCACGGGCCCGGGCGAGGCGCUGGCCCUGGCACCGCCCCCCGGGGCCACCGCCUUCUACCUGCGCCGCAAGUGACACCCAGGGGACAUCCGUGGUGGGACUUCCAUGGUGGGACAUCCAUGGUGGGACUUCCAUGGUGGGACAUCCUUCCAUGGUGGGACUUCCAUGGUGGGACAUCCAUGGUGGGACAUCCUUCCAUGGUGGGACAUCCUUCCAUGGUGGGACAUCCAUGGUGGGACUUCCAUGGUGGGACAUCCUUCCAUGGUGGGACAUCCUUCCAUGGUGGGACAUCCUUCCAUGGUGGGACUU